UGACAUCGGACAAUUGCCCUCUCGCCCGGCAACGCUGAGACUUUUGCAAAGGAUGAGGCGCCAUUGGCAUACGUGGUCUGAAUUCAGGGGCAAUCCUUCCGGCGGUAUUCAUAGGCACAGAUAAGUCCUCCAAGAGUUUGCUAUUUACUGCCAUUGUUCCAUUCCAGUACGACUGUACAAACUUGACUGUACAAACUUGACUUACACUCUUGUCGACAACAGCUCAUUGACUUGCUAUGUUUGCCUGUUCGUCGCAACUGACAAAACAACUGACAUGGGACAGCUCUGUUGUUUGUGUACGCUGAGAUGACAGUGGCCCUCUUCUGCCCACCCAAACAAGUAAUCGGUUCACUCUGGCUGGGUGGGUGUUGAGUCCAGAACUUGCUUUGAGGCAAUUGUUUGGUGACGUGGGUUGGGUCUUGGAUAUUUGCGCCAGAAGUUAGGUAGAAUAGGUAGGUAGUAUAGUGAACCAGCGUUAGUGACGCUUUGAUAGUGCUUACGUACUCCCAAUCCAACGCCCAAGCCCCAUCCAACAAGCAAUUCCAAGCAUUUUUUUGACCGCGUCCUCCUAGUCCUGGUAGGCCACAGAAACCGGCGGGGGCUUUUGCCGACUCUGGGGAACCCCUCCGCAACCGCAACCGCUAACCACCAAACUGCCAACCACCGGUCACCGAUCACCGACCACCGAACAUUCCAGGUCCAUUGUUUGAACCGUCCCCCCCGUAUCUACCUUUCCGUCGGUACCUGCCUCCCACCUCCCUGCCACCCUAUUGAAUUUUAUUUGCGGUGAACGUGCGUGAUCCCGAAAGGCAGGGCUGCAGCUAGAUCUGCGAGCGAACACCACCUGCCUGUCAGACCCCAUCCAUCUUCUUCCCUUGAACCGUCAUCGACACCCCGACUGCUGCGGCUCCAGCAUGGACGAGUCAUCGCUGAUCAAGGCGCACGACCACGCCAGAGCCGCCUCCAACGCGACGCAGCAGUUCGAAACCACCGUCGCCAUCAACGAACAUGCCCUCGCCGCCGGCGAGUUCGCCAACGCCGCCCGCGUGACCACCAGUGUCGAAGCGCUCCGCACCCUGAAACUCCUCGAGGAGCAUCACCAGCGCCUCUCCGAACUCCUCAAGCUACCCCUCGACCGCCGCGCGAGCCAGAACCCUGACACCAUCGACGAGAAGCAGGAACCCCAAGCCUCCGACGACCCACACGACGUCUCUUCUCCCCACGAUGCGAGAUCGAAAUCAGGGGCUGGCCACUCCGCCGGCAGCCCGGUCGCUUCCACCAAGACUGUGCCAUCUCUUGCGCAGCCGCGCCGGUACCCCAACCGCGAGAUGACUUCGUCGAUCGCGAGCAACCUCGCCUCGGCGCGCGGGAUCCGGUCAAGCAGGAACCGCAGUCAGCCCAUCCCGCCGAGCGUUACAAACGACCAGGCACCGGGGAGCAUGGAGGUGCAGUCUCGGCGGGAUGGAUCAAAGGUCAAGAUGCAAAACGUUCUCGACCAGUCUGGCAAACCAGGGUGGAUUCCGCCGACGGGCAACCCCGAGCCCUCACGAAGAGAAGUUGAGUCGAACAAGGCGGAAGAACCCACCUCGCCGCCGCCCAGCGACGACGCAUACUCCCGCUUCUAUAGCACCUUCGGCAAUAUCAUCAAUCGUCUCUCCGCGCCCCUGGCAUUCGCCGGCCUGCCCCUCAUCACCGAGGAAUCUUCCGCCUCCUCCGCCGCCGCCGCCUUGGAACCUCCUGAGACGCCGGAACCGGCACCGAUAAAGCGCAACCGGCUCAAAUCUUCCGUGGCCCCCGCCGAGCCCGACCUGUCCAAGAUCUACUCGCGCGCGACCCUCCGCGCCAUCUCGGCCCACAACCCCAACGACUCGUUCUACGUCGUCCCCACGAGCGGCCACACCGUUUCGUACGCUAACAUCCUCAACUUCGCCGACAAGGAGAAGCGCCGCCUCGAAGCCUCCCUUCACGGCGGCGACAGUUUCCUCGAAGACGACGACGACGACUUCGUCGACGCCCGCGAGUCGCCGUCCAUCCCACUGUCACCCGGCGUCAGGCGCCGCGUCGGCAGCAAGCCCUCACGGUCCGAGCAGCAAUUAACAAACACCGUCGAGGAGCUGUAUCUCGAGAACCGGGGCCUCAAGGACAUGCUGGACAAGCUGAGCAAGCGGCUCCACGCCUUCGAGGCCACGGCGCAGAACACGAGCCUCGCGCUGGCUGAGAGCAUCCGCCUGAGGCGGCCGGGGUCGCCCUCAUCGAUCGCGGUCGGUGGCGGGCCGUCGACGGCGGGAGGGGACGCCGUGCUGCGCUCACGGAAUAGAGAACUGGAGGAGCAGAUGGCCAUGGCGGUGCAGCGCAUGGAGGCCCUGGAGAAGGAGAACAAAACCAUGGCGCGGACGCUGGAGAAGUACCGCGAGAAGUGGGAGAAGCUCAAGGCCGGCGCCAAGGCGCGGCGGCAGGCGCAGGGGACGGCGGAGAGUGGCGAUGCGGACGAGGCGGCGGCGGCGGCGGCCAGCUGA